UUCGCUCAGACAGAGUCCUCAGACAUUUAUCAGCAGUGUACAGGAGAGAACUGAGACGUCUAGAACAAAUAUUCAGUCAUUUCUCUAGAACGAUUCUUACUGACGAAAACAGUUUCUCACUCGACAGCAAGGAUGAGAUCUGUUGUGCUUUUGCUGCUCGGAGUUCACCUCGCCUAUGCUGGAACACACUCUCUGAAAUACGUCUACACUGCUGUGUCUGGAGACAUUGACUUUCCAGAGUUCACUGCGGUUGGUCUGGUGGAUGAUGUGCAGAUUGAUUACUUUGACAGCAACACAAUGAAAGAUGAGCCAAAGACAGAGUGGAUGAGACAGAGUGAGGGAGCAGAUUACUGGGACAGUCAGACUCAGACCCUGAUUGGCACCCAUCAGAGCUUCAAAAACAACAUCCAGGUCGCAAAAGAACGGUUCAACCAGUCAAAGGGUGUUCACACGUUCCAGUUCAUGUACGGCUGUGAGCUGGAUGAUGACAGCACUCGAGUACACUGGCAGUAUGGCUAUGAUGGAGAAGACUUCAUCAGCUUUGAUAAGGACACCCUCAUCUGGACUGCUGCUAAACCUCAAGCUUUCAUUACCAAGACAAAAUGGGAUGAAGACAAAGCUAAUAAUAAAUAUCAGAAAUCAUAUCUGGAAACUGAAUGCAUUGAGUGGCUGAAGAAGUAUGUGGGCUAUGGCAAGGACACUCUAGAGAGAAAAGAUGCCCCUAAGGUGUUUCUGCUGCAGAAGGACCCCUCCUCUCCAGUUUUAUGUCAAGCUACAGGUUUUUACCCCAGCAAUAUAAUGAUGACCUGGCAGAAAAAUGAAGAGGACCAUUAUGAGGAUGUAGCGGUUGGUACAACUUUACCAAACAUAGAUGGAACUUUCCAGAAGACCAUCACCCUGAAGCAUGAGGACUGGAAGAAUGACAAAGAGGCCUACAGAUGUGUGGUUCAGCAUGUGGGAGCAGCGAAAGACAUCAUUGUCACUGUGCAUGAUAUCCGGUCCAACACAGGUUCUGACUAUACCAUUGCUAUAGUUGUGGGUUGCCUGGUGGGUGUUGCUGUCCUAGCUGCCAUAGUUGGACUCGUGUUUUGGAAGAAAUCCAAUGGCUAUGGGAGGACAAGCACCAAAGAUUCUGAUUCUGAAAACUCAGCCCAGCCACUGCCACAACUAACUACCAAGUAGAGGGAUUUGGGGUAUCUGUGUCUUAUCACUGUAAAUUUCCUUUGAGAGAUCAUUAAAUGAAAAAUUGCAGUCUUGGCACAAAGGAGUUCUAAAAUGAGGACAUGGAAUGUGGAAUGUUUAAGUCUUUGGUAUAAUUAUUCUUCCACAAAUUCAUUACACAUCUUCUGUUUUUGUUUUGUUUCGGAUUAUUUCUAUUGUUUACCAGCCUUUUGAACCCUGUUAAAAUCAUAACAAAACUUAUUAUACACAUAAUGUGAUUAAAUAAUAUAAGGAGGAGCUAUUAUUUCACUUUCAUUCAUAAUGGCUUAAUAAUAACAGAAAUAUUCUCAACCUUUAAAUGUGUAUGCUGUAGGACAGCCUAAUUAUUGGUUUCAAUAAUGAAAUUAAAUUAUUUUAAUAAGGUUUAACAGCAAAAUCUUUUAGUACUGCUGCAUAAAUGUGAUGCUUUAGCUAUGGAAAAGCACCUUUCCACUGACCCUUUUCACGCUGUAUAUGCUUUUUUCUGCUUUAAUAAAUGUAAUUGCUUUUCAUUAUCAUUUAAAUAGAUUGAUAAGUUAAGAGUAAGAGUUGGUGAUGGUUUUUUAACAGUUUAGUUAAUUUUAUGAUGUAUGAUCUUAAAUAUAAAAAAGCCUUUAUGCACCACAUUUUCAUGUUACUAUUAUGCCUUUUAGUUAUAAAAAGUUAUUUUAAGGGGUAAAUGUAAUAAGUUUCCUCAAUGGUUUGUUAAUGUUGACAUUGAUUUUUUUUUUUUAAAUUCCAAAUUGAAUAAAAUGUGUAGUCUCAGCGUCUAUUCAAUAAAUAAAUAGUGACAAUGUC